AAACAUUACUUGAUUAUUUUACAAGUUCGGAAAAUUUCUUUUAUAUCGUUAUUAAUUAAUUUUUAAAUAAUGUUCGGUGGUUUUAUAGAGCUAUUACCAAGUACAAACAAAUCGAAAUGAUUACAGUUUACUUAAAACAAUCAAGUUAUAAUGUACCAAGACGAAAGCAGUACAUUGACCUAUACUGUGCGAGGGGAGGGGUCGCCGGGUCCCCGACCCAGCGGGAAGGCAUCGGCCAGCCAUUUGAACUCGAAGCCGGCAGUGCCCGAGGAUGACCAGGACUGGUUCAGAGAGCAAUAUGAAAGAAAAAUUGGCACACCAGUGUCAUGUGCGUCGCAAGAUAUUAAUGUUAUUCUCAGAAAUAUUAUUUACAAAAUGAAAAGCCCAAAAGAAAGUGCGGAAUAUUCGGAACCGGUGAUUCCUAAAACGGAAGCUAAAUUAUUGAAAUGGCCUGAUAUGGCGAACAUUAAAAAAUGCCUCUGCAAGGAUUUUGGUUGUAUUUGUAGAGGAUGCAAGCUCUCUGAAGCUGUGAGCAUUCCAUAUGCUUCAUCGAGUAAUAAAGAACCAGCUGGCACUUUCCUCGGAUCCUUGGAGGUAGCUUUGAUAGAGGCCACCGAGUCGUACAUGUUAUUGCUGGGCGACGACCGCACUAUGUGUCUGAAAUGCCCCGAGUUCUGCGCGUCGCGCUGCAUGUCCUUCAAGUUCGAAACUCCGGAUCAGGUCCCUUCCAGGACUGAACAUCUGGAGGAAAAAUUGAGAUUGGACGAGUACUCUUAUACACUUAAAAAGCGCAGAAUGAGGCGCAUUGCCAAGUACCAGCAGCAGCUCGCGAAGGAUAUAGAGGAAGGAGAUAAGCGAAAAUUCUCGCCCGCAUCGCGUCACUCGCCAGACCCGACACCAACUGGUCCCGCAGGUUCUCUUCGAUGGUUCUCUUCGCGCAAAUACUGCAUUGGCCGAAGUUGCAUGUGGCCGCCAGAUGUUUCAAUGCUUGAGAGAGAUGAGUGUAAAGAUGAACCGAAGAUCAAUUUAAGUAACUUUAAAUUUGGAUCAAAAAUAUUUAAGAAGAAAGAUAAGGACGGUGAACCAUGAAUAAUUUUUAAUAGACACGAAAAGAUUGAUGACAAAAAAUGACAAAAGGCUUGUGAGCAUAAUAAUAAAAAGCAAUUUUAAGCUGUUUGCUGAGGGCUGAGGAAAUACAAAUAGAAACAAUGCCGACGCUAAUAACACUUAACACUUAAUGGAAAUUAUUAAAUUUUUAGAAUAAUGAUAUAAAACAAAAUUUUGUAAAUAAA